AUGCGUCUCCGACUCAGCUCGUUCAUGCUGGCUGCAGUCAGCUUUAUUCAGGCUGGAUUUGCCGCCGAAGAUCCAAUCGUUGACCUUGGCUAUGCCGCUUACCAGGGAUACCAUGACGCGACAUUUGGGCUGAACGUCUGGAAGGGGAUCCGGUAUGCCUCAGCACCCGUGGGAAACUUACGCUGGCAGAGCCCUCAGCCCGUCCGGGUCCAAGGUAGCAUUGACCGAGUCAUUCCUGCCGUUGAUCAACCUCCUCUUUGCCCUCAGUCGGGAGCGGCCGGGACACCAACCUCCUACGGGUUCAAUUCCGGGCCUGGAGACGAGGACUGCCUGUUCCUGAACGUCUAUGCCGUGCCGGGAGCAUCGGGCCUUCCCGUGCUGGUGUGGAUUCAUGGUGGUGGAUACGCUCUGUUUGGCGCGACCUACGAUCCGAGCGCGAUGAUGAAUGCGAAUAACAACAGAUUCAUCACUGUCGAGAUCCAGUAUCGCCUUAGCGCUUUUGGAUUCCUUUCGUCUGAAGACGUCAAGAGCCAUGGUCAACUUAAUGCCGGGCUGCUCGACCAGCGCUUCGCUCUAGAAUGGGUGCAGAAGCAUAUCAGCAAGUUUGGCGGGGAUCCUGGUCGCGUCACGGUUGGAGGCGAGUCGGCAGGCGCAGGUUCCGUGAUGUUGCAGGCUCUGGCGUAUGGGGGCCGCGAGGAUCAUCUCUUCCAAAAUAUAAUCGCGGCGAGCCCUUACUCUGCACCCAUCUAUAAAUACAACGACCCAGAACCGACUGACCAUUACGAUCAUUUCCUUGAGCUAGCUGGCUGCGGACAAGGCUCUGCGCGAAGACGACGCCAUAAGACGACCUUCAACUGCUUGCUCAAUGCUCCAACUGAGGCACUCCAGAAUGCCAGCGGUGAAGUGUCAGCAUCUGGCAACGUCUUUGGCAGCUUUGCCUUUCUGCCUGUUAUUGACGGGGAGCUGCUGACUACCCGGCCAUCCCAGCAACUGUUACACGGCCACGUAAUGGUCAACAACAACGCCAACGAUGGUGUCCCUCUGAGCGAACCCACGAUCGCCAACCGUACUUCAUUCAAUGCUCACAUCUCGCGAACUUUUCCCAACUUCACCGUCCGCGACAUAGCAGCAUUGAACCGUGUGUACCAGACCUCAGACACCUCUCCCGCAAACACCGCCUCGCGUUUCGACACCAUCGGUGACGCGGGGCCUACCGCACUAAAUCAAUCCGAAAUGGCGACAGGAUUGCAGCAGACGGCCUUUAACGUGUUUGCCGAAUCAACAUUUGACUGUCCCGCGCAAUGGCUGGCGGAGGCAUAUUCUCGUGGGAAUCGCAAGGCAUGGAAAUACCAGUAUUCGGCCACGCCAGCGUACCACGGCGCUGAUUUGAGUGCGUACUUCUCCGCCGACUCCCCGAGUCCCGAGUUCAACCACGCGUUCCAAAAGAUCUGGGGAAGCUUUAUUAUUAACAGCACACCCGUGAUUCCCGGUUUGGACGCGACCGCCAAUAUGUCCAACGCCUCGGCGCCGGUCGACUGCCACGGAAAUCUUUCCUGGCCCUCGUUUUCGGUGGAGGAGCCUUGGCAGAUGGACCUGAAUACAACUGGGGGCACGCUAAGCCUUCACGUCGAGACGGACCACUUGAAGUACUAUCUAAGGGAGGGACCGGGAAUAGUCAAUGUUUUUAGGCUUGUGGAUGCAUAUGAUUGGGAAGGCAGGCGCGGCUAUCGAUGUGAAUGGUGGAGGGGCAUUUCUGGGCGGGUGCCUCUGUGA